AUGACUUCUUCCCCUCAGGAGGUGCCCUUGCACGCCAUAGAGAGGACUCCCGAAUAUGAAGACUUCAUGAACAAGCUGAGAGACUACCAUGCGAAGCGAGGCACGACGCUGGAUCCGGAACCCAAGGUUGGCAUGAUCCACCUGGACCUGUACAAGGUCUUCAACCACAUUGUCGCCAGCGGUGGAUAUGAUAAAGUUUCGGAGGAGAAAUUGGCAUGGCGGCGCAUGGCAGCUGAGCUUGGCCUUCAUUCGAAUAACGAGGCAUCGACGGCCUUUGCUCUCAAGGAAAAGUUUUACAAGAACCUCGCCGCAUACGAAAUCAGCACAGUCCAUGGCAAGGAGCCGCCGCCCAAAGACAUUCUGGAAGACGUCACAGCCAAAGGCGCAAGUCUGUUGACGCGCACGAGAGAAAACUUUCGCGGCAAGCGGGAAAGCAACGUCGGAGCCACGGAUAGCGCUGCGUCUGGCGAUGACGGCACUCCAACCCAAGAACGACCAGCGCCAGACCCUGCCGCAAGUGCUCGAGCUUCUCGCGGUCUUCGUGAGGCUCCUCCUCAACGGGUCAUCUUCCAGCCCGAUACAGGCCCGUCCCGAACCACAAGACAGGCGUCCAACCAGCAGGCAGGCAACUCGGCCUCGCCAGCGGUAAACCACGUGCAUCAAAACGCUCCUCAUCACCAAGCUGCCCAUCCGAUGCCACUGAUGGCGAUCCAUAACAACUCACGGGGGCCUUCUAUCCUACACCACCCUCCAAACUCCGAAAACACAUCACAUUUGGUAACCUCCUACCAACCGAAGCCGAUGAAGCCGCUCCAGCUGCGUCCCGUGGCAACCCCGAGCAACACCCCGAGCGAGUUCUUUAAAGCUAAACUACCGCAUCGAUUUGCGCUCGAUCCUGCCAACAGACAGCCCAUGCAACCCGGCAGUAAGUUUGACAAAGCCGUGUUUUCCCCUGAGAGAUGUUGUGCUAACGCGUUUGGAUUUGAAGCUGGUUUUGAUGGCCCCAACAUUUAUACCCGAUGCCUAAAUGCUCUCCGCUCUUGCGUCCCCGCGGAGCAGGCUUUUGCGCUCAAUCACCUGGUGAAGAUAUCGUUUGAACGAGGUGAUAAGUACAAAUUCGACUCUUUCCCGGGAUUGGCCGAAGGCCUUGUGGAGAAGGCGCUGCAGAUUGGCAACCUCUUCUACCAUGUCAAUUGGACGAUUUCCUGGGAUUCUUUCGCCGAGUCAAACGAUAUUGGCUGCCUAGAUGGCAAUUACGGCACACAAGAUAUCCUAGAACGAAUCUCAAACUCGGUUGAGCGAGACAUACCGGAUGUCAUCCAAACCGAAAAGUUUGCCGAUGAAAUGGUGUUGACAACCGAGGCCAUUCUCACUAUCCGAAACAUGGUGACGCUGCCUGAAAAUGCGCAAAACAUGUCCGACUUCUACCCUGUCAAGGACCUGAUAUGCAUACUUUUGCAUCUGCCGGCAAGAGACUCACUUACCGAAGUUAAGCAUCUUGCUCUUGACAUUGCAGAGCAGCUGACACCUUUCAUGGCUCUGGAAUCCGACGACCCUCUAUACAAGACACUCUUAGCCCAGCUCUCUUCAGAAGAUAGAGGAACUAUCCUGACAGCACUUCGCGCGCUGGGUCGCAUUUCUGUGAAUCUGGAGGCGACAAACAAACUGGGCGAGGUGCCAAACACAACACUGCAGCGGAUUGUGAACUGGCUGCUGCUAAACGAUGACGAGCUCAUUGAUGCCUGCCUCGACUUUCUAUACCAGUACACGGCCGUUGUUCCCAAUCUCGACAACUUGGUGCGAUCUAUCGUCCCGGACAAUCUGGUUCAGCAGCUUGUCCGUCUAUUAGCACACGGGGCUCGCAAAUAUACCAGAGAGUAUACAGUUAUCCCAGAACAGAGGUUGCCGGCAAAGGACGAAAUUGCGCCAAUGCCCAAUGACCUACUUCAGGAAAUGUUGAAGCUGGAGGAGCCGGACCGGGUCCACCAAUGGGUCAGGUGCUUCUUCGAGGAAGACAACCGAUCCUUUAUUACCCAGCUUGCCGCGUGGCAGGCUUACCAGUCGGCAUUUGCCACCCCUCUGAAGGCUAUCAAUCAACCCAUGAUCACCCCGGCGGACUUCAUUAGAAGCAGCACGUCUGUUUAUAAGGAUUCCAACGCCCAGGUGCUCAGGGAACCUGGUGAUCCUCAGCAAAAGUUCAUUAUCCAUGGCAUUCGAGCGCGGCCGCGGCCCCUCGCAUUUGACGGUACCGAAUAUGGCCGCUGCUUAUGGGCUAUGAACUCCGAAAACAAGAACGAAAAGUGCGGUCACUUUUAUCUUAAGCAAGAGGAAAUGUGGAAUCACAUCCUCACGGCACAUCUGAAUGAGCAGAGGGGCGAAAAUGGACAGUUCUCUAAUCUCGAGAAGGACUAUCAAUGCACCUGGGCCGAGUGCACAAAGUACGACAAGCCGACAAAGAUGCAUCUGCAGACUCUCGCCCAGCACAUCUCUACGCACAUUUCAACCAUGAUCCCGAGCCCCGGUUCGUUUAACAGGCGUCCGCGACACCCGUGGGUCAUUCCGGCAAAGACGAUGAGUAUCGUGCUGGAAGAGACCCCGACGUUUCGUGAUGAGCGGAUGCCCGAGGCACCUCCCCAAGCUGGCGGCAUCCCGCUUAGUGCCGUGUUGGUGCUCCGCAACAUUGCUCGUAACGUGGUCAAGACAGAGGCUGAGGAGGAGCUUCUCAAGGAACAGUCUAGGACUUUUGAGAAGGGGGGAUGGAAUGAGAAGCUCUUCCGGCCUCACUUGACUCAGUUGCACGGCAUCUUGGCGGAGAAUCUUGCCAUGAGCCCAUAUAUCGCGUCGCUAUUGGAGCUGAUAAUCCCGGUGCCAGAUGACCGCGAUUAA